GAAGGGGCGCGGGAUGGCCGACGACGACGUCUCGUGGCGGGCCACCUUCGGCGAGCGCAGCGGCGGGCUGCUGACGGAGGCGCAGGAGCUCGCCGCGCUCUGGGAGGCGGACGUCGGCGUCCUCGUCUUCGACCGCGCCGGCAGGCAGAUGGACUACUGCAGCCCCCACACCAGCUGGAGCGAGCUGAUGCAACGCUACCAGAUCAUCACCAAAGGCAAGUUCGAGGGGAUAAAUCAUGAUGAUGACCGCCAUCAGGAGCUGUUGGCCGAAAUCACAAGGUUGAGGCGUGAGCGUGACCGCCUCGAGGCCAGCGUGAGGAGGCAGACCGGAGACGACCUGCCAUCCGCCGCAACCACGGUGCUUGGCGAUCUGGAGCAGCAGGUAGAGUAUGCACUGGGUAAAGUCCGUGUGAUGAAGGAUAAACUGUUGGAGCAGCAGCUGGACGAAUCAUACCACAGGGUGCACAUCUUGGAGGACCAGAACAGCUUCCUUCGCCACAUGAUGAGCGAGGAGGGGCGGCGACGUGCUGCCGUGGAGGCGUCGGCGGUGGUGGCGGAGCUCAUGGCGCCGAUGCAGCCGGCGACGCUGUUCGGGGGCUUCUUCCCGGAGGUGGAGGAGGAGGGGCCAUCCACGUCGCUCCGGCUGUGGCCGCGGCAGUUUCCUGGCUGUGGCAAUUAAGAUCGAACAAGAAGGAGAGAUGAUGCACUCAUCUCAUGGAAGACAGAGGCUAAUUAGUUAACUAAUCUAGUUUAAACUUACUAGUAGCAGGCCAGUAGUUACGGCUAAGGAUCCGGCGUAUGUUCAGAGGGCAUACAGUUGACAAGUAAUUGGGCCAUCUUGUCAACACUAUAUACAUAGUCCCGUUUUGCUACACAGAAUUCCCCCUACUGCCCCCAUAUAUAUAUGCAGCAGU